AUGGCUAGAACCAAGCAAACAGCAAGAAAGUCCACUGGUGGUAAGGCACCAAGAAAGCAAUUGGCUUCCAAGGCAGCCAGAAAGUCCGCUCCAUCCACUGGUGGUGUCAAGAAGCCUCACAGAUAUAAGCCAGGUACCGUCGCAUUGAGAGAAAUUAGAAGAUUCCAAAAGUCUACUGAAUUGUUAAUAAGAAAGCUUCCAUUCCAAAGAUUGGUCAGGGAAAUCGCUCAAGAUUUUAAGACUGACUUGAGAUUCCAGUCCUCUGCUAUCGGUGCUCUACAGGAAUCUGUCGAAGCUUACUUGGUGUCCUUGUUUGAAGACACCAAUUUAGCCGCCAUCCACGCUAAGAGAGUUACUAUCCAAAAGAAGGAUAUUAAGUUGGCAAGAAGAUUAAGAGGAGAAAGAUCAUGA